CGAUUCGCCUCUGGGGCGCUCCGGCCGCGCGCAGCGUCGCUGCCCCUCCGAUGGCUGCCGCCCCUCACCAGCCUGAAACACGUCCCUGCCCCCAUGCUUUGCAGCGCCUCGUCUCGAUGCGGGUCCUGGGGACGCCGUCGGUUUUUCCGAGGGCGCCUCCCUGAGCAUUGUCGCAUCGCCUCUUGGCCUGUCAACCGUGGGGGUAUAGGGAGGAGCUCGAGGCCGGUGCAUCCCGGCCACCGCCGCUGCCAGCGGGGCGCCGAGCGGCGUGCCCGCCGCCCGACCCGCAGCGCCCCCCCCCGCCCCCCCAAGGGGUGGCCCUGGGCCGGCGCGCCGCGGUGCCUCGUACCGAAACCCCUCCGGCGGCGGCGCAGAUCGAAUCGAAUCCCUUCGUUGUGUGCGCGCCCCAGCACGGGCGCGGCGCGGCACCCGCUGCCUGCGGCGGCGAUGCUGCGCGCAGAAGGCGGGGCCCCCGCCAGGGCCCCGAGCAGGCGGUGCCGCCGCUGGGCGGUGCUCCUCGGGUGCGGCGUCGCUGGCGCCGCCCCAGCGCCUCGGGACCUGGCCGGCGAGCUUGCGGACGCGGCCGGGGAGCCGUUCGAGGUCCGGGGGGCGGUGUCGUGCCUGCUGCAGGCGCAGGGCCUCGAGAUGCAGGCGACGGGCGCGCGGAGGGCGCCGCCGCCGCUGGGCGCCGCCCGCGAGGGCGCCUCCCUGGGCGCCGGCGCUGGGCACCGUGGCGGCCAGGACACGGAACGAUCUGCUGGUAUAGUGCGUAUUCCUGCCAUUUCCGGAGCCACGAGCUUCUGGUGGCUGUUCCUGAGACGCGUGUGGGCCGCCAUGGCCACACGGGACCUGCUGCUGGACCCCAAGUUCAUUGCUCCGACGGAGGGUCCCGCGCUGGUAUCGUCGCCGCGCGUCGGCCACAACAGUUCCGCGCCCGCCAGCGAUAGAGGGACCAACUACACCCUCACGGAGCUGACAGUGCAUUGUGGCGACAUGUUGGGCAUUCCCAAGUUCGAUUGGGCCAUCGUGUGCGACGUACUCGCUCUGAUCUUGGUAUUACUCUGCAUACCGCUACUUCUACAAUGCUCUCGCCGCCGGGCGCCUGGGACGCCCAUCUUCGACUUCUCCUGCUCCGCGGGGAGCCCCCCGGACUACUCGAAGCCGACGUACGCGUGAGCCCCCGCGGCCGCCGACCGGCCGCGCGCGCGCGCGCCGCGCGGGCGCGGCGCCGCUGCGGGGCCGUUGGGGGGGCUGUCGCUUUGGCGUGCUCGGUAGGCCUCUGCCGGAGGCCGUUUUUAAUGGGUCGGAGGCCUUGCGGCCUGCCGUGCCGACCCUGUUCGUCAGGACGAGGAGGAGGCGACAUGUUUUUCCCCUAAUUUUUGGGCUCGCGUUCACACGCGGCGCCCGCGGCUGGCGCGCGGGGGCGGCGUGCUCCCUCCUUCGCGCGUGCGCGCCCGAAAGAGCCCGCUGGGCUGCGCGCUCUGCGCCGCGGCGCCUCGCUGCGCCGCCAUCUCGCGCCUGGGGUCGGCCUCGAGCAGAGGUGCGCGGCCUGCGCUUCCCCCUCCUCCUGGGGUGCUCGUCGCCGUCUUUCUCUCC